AUGGCCAAUUCCAAGUAUGAAUAUGUUAAGGCCUUCGAGCAACCCGAUAUCCUGCUUCCAAAUACAUGGAUCGUGAUCCGGAUCGACGGGCGCGGCUUCCACAAGUUUUCAGCCAAAUACGCUUUUGCGAAACCCAAUGAUCGCCGAGCACUGGAUCUGAUGAAUGCAGCAGCUAAGGCAGUAAUGAGUGAGCUGCCAGAUAUCGUUAUUGCGUACGGUGUCAGCGAUGAAUAUAGUAAGCUCGUUACUACGAUCGCAUCAACGUUCACGGCAUAUUUCGUCCAUCUAUGGCGGGAUUACUUCCCAGAUCUACAACUCUCUCCUCCCCUACCUAGCUUUGAUGGCAGGGCGGUUAUGUACCCCAGUGUACAGAACCUGAGAGAUUACAUGAGCUGGAGGCAGGUUGAUUGCCAUAUCAAUAAUCUCUAUAAUACGACCUUUUGGGCAUUGGUGCAGUCGGGUGGUAUGGAGGCCAAGGAUGCAGAGAAAGAGCUUGCAGGAACAGUAUCAAGUGAUAAGAAUGAGAUACUGUUCUCGAGAUUCAAAAUAAAUUACAACAAUGAGCCUGAGAUCUACAAAAAGGGCAGCGUGGCGUUUCGCGAUUACGAACUUGUUGAGCCCAGUUCUGCAUCAGAAAUGGUCGAAGAAGACUCCGCAAAGACUACAGAGCAAUUGGAGCUCUCAAAGACACAACAAGAAAAAGAUCGGAAGAGAAGGGCCAAAGCACGAAUCACUAUACAGCAUGUAGACGUUAUCAAGGAUGAAUUCUGGGAGAGGAGGCCAUGGCUUCUAUCGAAUAAGCCUGGAAAGAUACCCAAGGAGCCAUGA